CAGACAGAAGUGGAUGGCCCAAGACCUGGACCCACAGCUUUAAAAGUAGGAGCGGGAUUUGGAGUUUGGGAUAAUUCUGCCCCUGGCCUGGAGAAAGUGAGGUGGAAUAUAACAGUUCAGCUGGAAGUUAGAGAGAGGAGAGAAGGAGCAUUAACAGCGUGAGCUGUGGUUCAGGGGGUCCAGAUAGCAGGCAUGAGGGGGCCGGCCUGCAGUGGAAGCUGGCUCUAGAGUCCACAGGGGCUCCCACUUCAACUGGACACAUUCCACAGGACGUGUGCUCAUGAGGUCGUCACCACUGGUCCUGCUCCUCCUGAUCGGCGUCCAGGCUGUACUGAAUAUGGGAGGUGGAUUGGCCCAGAGUGUCGGGGCAGCCAACCACAAAGUAGGACAGCAGAUGGGAGCCAAUCACAGAGCAGGACAUCAGCAAACAUUAGCGGGGGAUCACAUUUCUGAGCACCAUUCUUCACAGGAGCAUCACAGGACCAGCCACCACAGGACCAAGAGGUCCCAUCGGGCAGCUUCACACAGCCAGGAUAGGGGCCCUGUUGUUGGGCACUCUGCAUCAGAUUCUCCCCCUGACCCCUCCAUCCCAGUGGUGGACCCCAUGCUUUUUUCCAAGAGACGAUACCGUUCCUCGCCCCGUGUUGUCUUCAGCGAGGUGCCUCCGUCGCAUGACGCCCUGGAUGGCGAGGGCUAUGACAUUGAAGGGGUGAGAGGGGUCAGGGUAAAGCGCAGAGCAGGGUUGCACACCAUGCACCGAGGAGAGUACUCAGUAUGUGACAGCAUAAAUACCUGGGUGAGCAACCUGACACAAGCCACAGACAUACGUGGGAAUGAGGUGACAGUGCUGCCCAAUAUUACAAUCAACAAUGUGGUGAAGAAACAGUUCUUCUACGAGACCACCUGCCGGUCCCCCACGCACAGAGGCUCUGGGACUGCAAAUGGGCCAAGGCUAGGGGGACGGGGUGGCAAACAGGGCUCCAAAUCAGGCAACUCAGGCUGCCUCGGCAUUGAUAGUCGCCACUGGAACUCCUACUGCACCAACACACACAUAUUCGUAAGCGCCUUGACCAUCUACAAGGAACAGACAGCCUGGCGUUUCAUCCGCAUCAAUGCUGCAUGUGUGUGUGUGCUCAGCCGGAAGUCUUGGGCAGGACGACUGGGGCACUGACUGCGGAGGAUGACUCCUGACCACUGAACUAUGAACCAAGCACAGACAUUUCUCUGCCACUGCAGCUCUAUUGCCAAUACUGUAAUCCUGUUCCCCACCUCCAAACACAUAGACACACACACACACACACACUCAGAAACAGCUUCAGUAUACAACCUCUUGGCCCCCUGACCCUACCUCAGUCCAAGAAGUCCUGGUUGUUUUAAGUUAUAAGGACUGCAUGUCAUAUUUAU